AUGCCCGUCCCAUCCCAUUUCUGCAGGAAUCGUGCAACGGCCGUCAGUCGUUUCGUGGCCAGCACGGUUAUUCGAGGAACGACCCGUGCUCUGCGGCAAAGCGAUAUCAACAUUCUUCUUCUGCUUGAGUCAAAGCGCGAUUACAAGAACUACUGGUCGACUAGAUAUACUGUAGACGCUAGGGCGUUGGACAAGGCCUGCAAGUUGACCGCGGCCACCUUGUUCCAGUGCGGCGAGGAGCUUCAGGGAGACGCAUGCUGUCGACAGUGCAAGAGGAACGGCGGCGCGUGGACCAAGUGCGUGGUGUGCCCGGUCUACGAGGGAAGCGCGAUUGCGUUUCAUGCGUGCGCCAACUGCAUAUUCUCCGGACGAGCCUCUGAGUGUUCCUUGCGUGUUGCCUUUCAGGAGCAAGGCGGUCGUGACUGGGAUGAUUCUCGGACGAAUGAGAUCGUUCAAAAAGGCGGGCUGCUUGCAGUGAUCGAAGCCGAGCGCCAGGCCCGCGAAGCCGAACGCCAAGCUGAACUUGAGGCUGAACGGCAAGCUCGUGACGCUGAGCGCGAGCGGCAACGCGAACGCCGGCGCGAGCGUGAGCGUGAGCUCAAACGACAACGCGAGCGAGAAGAGCAGGAACGGGAGCGCGAGCAAGAGCGCGAAGCCGAGGAGGAGCGUGCCCGCAAGAGGCGUCACACGGCCGAGCCGACAAGCGCUCGCAAGACCAAGGUCACCGUGGUUGUCUCUUCCCCCAGCAAGGCUACCACUUCGGCAACGACCACGAUGCCUCGCCCAGUGAAGCGCGGCCGCACUAUGGGAUGGUCGAAGGGCCUUCUCAAGUUGACCGACACCGAAGUGCUGAUGGCAGCACGGCAGGAGCUGUGGAUAUUCGCGAGUAAAGUCGAUGCGCGGAUCUCCGAGUUGGUGCCUGAUAGCGAUUCGGAUGAGCCUCCCAGGAGUGACAGCGAGGAGUCCUCGACGGUGCCGGAGGAAAGUUCGGAUUCGGACUCGGAUUCGAGGGACGAAGACUUUUGCCCGUAA